AUGUAUAUUCACAAACCAAUCAACCGCGAGAAGGCAGAAAUACGACUGGCCAGAUUCAUCAAAGACAAUGAAAACAACAUUGAAAACAAAGAACAGCGGAUCGCUCUCGAGAUCCGACCGGCAUCUUUAGAAGAUGAAACUGUCCGAUAUGCAGCUCUAUCUAUCUCGCAGAUCGCCGACCACAAUGACCCUCCUUGGCUCUGGGCUGAUGCCAUUUGCAUCGAUCAAUCUAAUCAGAACGAGCGGACAUGGCAAGUUGCUCAGAUGCACGAUAUUUAUAAACGCGCCGACCCCGUCUUCAUGUUGCUUGGCUCCAGUUCUGAAAACACUGACCGAGCCAUGGAGUUCAUUGCCAGUGUAGGCCCGCGGGCUGUUGCUUCUGGCAUACUUGCAAGCCCAUCAUGGCUAUCUGAACAACAAGUAGGAGAUUUUCACGACUUGGUCACGGCACGGUUGCAGUCGCCAACACAGGACAUCAAACAAGACGGGAUACGAGAUUCUGAUCUUCUGCAACUCAUGUAUGAAUUGAUUCAUGAUGAACGGUUGUAUACAUCAACAAUCCCGGGAGAGGCUGUCUGUGCCGGCAUAGCGGAGCUUCUUCGAAAGGAGUAUUGGCAUCGUAUUUGGAUCAUCCAAGAAGUGACGUUGGCGAGAAACCCUAUCCUCGUUUGUGGCAACCAGAGCAUAUCUAUGUAUCUUUUGGAUGCAAUCGUAUACGCCAUACGUCAUUGCUUAAGAACGGUCUCACGAUCCUGGCGCCAGGAUUCUGAAGAAAUUUGGGCGAAGUUUCAAUAUUUUGCGUGGAACAUCAGCGGAACGGAAUUCGAGGUCUUACCACUGACCAUACGCCGUCAAUAUGGCAACAAACCGGUUCACUUGGUCGAUAUACUAGUACAGAAGGGUGUAGCGCCUUAUCGGCCGUGGUACUCUGCAUCUGAUCCCCGAGAUCUUGUAUUCGCUCUGCUUGGAAUCGUUUCUGAUGGCACCCACCUUGGCUUGAAAGUUGACUAUAGCUGCACAAUUGCCGACGUCUUUACCAGCCUUACCCGAGCUUUCGUGGAUGACGGACAGGGUCCAUCUUUUGACUUGGAUGAGUGCGUUCCGAGGGCGGACGAGGAUAAUUUACCCUCCUGGGUACCCGACUGGACACAAAUCGGCCAGGGAGGAUUACUGGUGUACCCUAUCAACCACUAUCGAGAAUUUCGAGCUACCCGUGGUGUUCGUGUACCCCAAGAUGAUUCUGACCUUCAAUCACCCAUCUUGCGCCGCUCUGGAUGCUAUGUUGACGUGAUCACGGAGGUAAUGGAACCGCCAACAUGGAUCCGAGCAGACGAUUAUUCGCCAUCGUAUCUACCGGAUGUCAAAGGUUGGUUUGAAUCCAUUAUCAAAUUCACUAAAUUAGGUCCAGAUUCUGGUCCAGGGGAGGACUACAUUUGGCGCACUGUUAUGACGAGUCGAAGACAUGAUCGAGAGAGGACUUCUUGGCAAAUGGAUCCACCUGGCGGCGAUGCCAUCUCCGAGUUUAUUCGCAAGGUCUUUCGCCACGAAUCGAUUGAUGCUGAUGACCUUACCCCAGAGGUGGCCCAAUAUGUCUCUGAGGGGAUCUAUUACUUUAGGAAGGAUGAACCGCAAUCCAAGUCUCUCAAAACGAGGCUGGCGUAUAUCAUGAGGGAAUGGCCGAUGGUUAUUGGAACGAUUUGUCGUGAAAGGACACUCUUCAAGACAGCCAAAGACAUGCUGGGACUCGGCCAUGUGGCCAUCAAACCCGGCGAUCAUGUGACGCUUGUAUGGGGCGUAGACUCUCCCAUUAUUCUACGACCCCGGAACGGCCGUGAUACGAGUGAGGGCUUUAGAUUUCUAGGAGACGCCUAUGUCGACGGAAUCAUGCAGGGCGAGUAUCUCGAGAACAAUCCGCCACAUGAGAUUUUCGACAUUAUGUAA